AUGAAUACGGUGAAGUGCUAUGGGCGUUUUUUACCUUCGCCAAAAUUAGACAAUGACCGAAAGGGAGAGAGGAAUUUUUUAAAAAGUGAAGAAAUUCUGACCAGAAUAUAUGGAGAGAAAAUAUCCAAUUUGAAAAUUUAUAAUGACAUACUUAAAAAGAGGAUAAAAAAAUUAACAGAUGGGGUGAGUAAUUUAUUCAUUGUUUUAAAUAAUGAGAAGAAAGACGCAACAAUGUUGACUGUAGGGGAUGGAAAUACUUCCUCUGGGAUUCUUUUUUACCUCAUCAACGAUUUGGUACAUAACAAUCGCUCCAACUGUAAGCUCCUUAUCACAUUUAGCCAUUUCGAAAUUGUCAAAAAUAGGGUGAAUGAUAAAUUGAAGAGGUGUGUCCUUCCUCAAAGCAACAUGAUCGACGUUGGCAGUUUUUUGGGAUGUCAGAACGGAGACUACGACUGGGUUAGCAGCGGGAAUAAACUUCGCAAAGAUGCCAUUCCCUCCAGUGGGUGCCCCUUAAAAGCUGAAAGGGAUGAAUGUCAACAAAAAAAAGAACGUUCCCCUGGUGGGCACUCAGAAAAAAGGGAAAGAAAGAACCCCUGUAGGAUGUGCCCCGAGUGGAAAGAGAAUCGACUAGUUAACUCGGAUUACCUCCUUAAUGCUGACACUUUUGUAAUGGGAAAGAAAACUGAAAAGUACGGAAGGAGACACACUAAGCAGAGAAGUACAGGAGAGUGGGACCCCAGUGCUGUGAGAAAGGUGUACCUAAGUGGUCAGAAUAUAAGGCAUAUCUUUAAAAUGCUAUGCAGAAGCAGGAGGGGCAAGUCUGUGGAGGGCUUGAACGAUGAGGUGACUUACGAGGUGGUUCAGUUCGACGUGGAGAUGUCCGACGUGAGGGGUCUAGACGUGUCGAGUGUGAGAAGCUAUUCUUCCCUAGGCAACGAAUCGUCCAUUUGUAGGAAGUCAUCCAUUUCCACCUGCUCCAUAAUCAUCAUCGUAGUUAACAAUCUGAAAGGGGCGGACUCCUCCGAACGAGUCUUCCUCUCCCACUUGUGUGAGCUCUUCUUAAAAAGGAGAGAAGACACGAAUCGGAGAAGAACCCCAAAUUUAACCUUCCAAAAAAACCACUCACUAAUAAUUAAGUAUUUGUUCAGUUUGUACAAAUUACCUCCCUUAAGAGGAAGCGCCACGGGGGUGAAUUGCCUCCCCUUUGAGCUAAACUUUAUAUACAUUUCCAGCAAUUUCAAAAAGUACAGAACAGCUAGCGAAUUCAUUUAUGCCUACCUAAAACGCUUGAAGAGGUCAGAAUAUUUUGUGCAACCAAAUAAAAAAAAAGAGUAUCUGAAAAGUGGAUUUCACAAAGUGGAUGAAAAUAUCUACGUAGUUAAAAGUCUGUUGAAUUAUUACGCAGAGUUGGAGAUACGGGGGUGGGAAAUUAACCGGAGGGUCUUUAACUUGAGGAAUUACCUUACCCUAUUAGAAUCGUCUGUAAUUGUUGGAGAGAAAAGGAGAGACCACCACACAUGGACUGAAAACAGAAUCAACAACGUUUUAAACCUUUGCAGGAGCAGCACGUCCGAAUCGGGUGAACAAAUGCAACAAGUAGGAACAAACAAUUCAUGCUCUCUAGAGAAGGGAAAUUUUUUCUUCUUGAACAAGGAAGUCAGAAUAAGACGAAAUGACAAGGAGGCUGAAAGGGGAAAGCAACAUGGGGGAAAAUACGAAGAUAGGGGAACAUCCCCAAGAAGUACACAGAUGAAGGACAAAGCGGAAGAUGAAGUAAAUCAUUUAAGGAGCGUAAAAAGUGUAAGGGAGAUAAAAGAAGGAAAGCAUAAUCCGGAUAAGAUGCACUUUAAAUUAAACUUGUACAGAAGGGGGAAAACAAAUCUGGUUGGAAGUGGGGAUCACCCUAGAAUAGACACUGACUACUCAAGUGGGAAUGCCAUUUUAGAAAAAUGCAACCAACAUUGUUAUAAACGCGCGGGGGAGAAAACGAACAAUGUGCUACCCAAUUCUUGUAAGAAAAAGGAAGAGACAAUUUUGGUAGACCCCAAUUCGCACAGAAAAUGUUUCCCCGUCGAAUAUGGAUCUAGUGGGGCGUACACACAAUGCGAAAACGAUGAUUCUUUAAAAUGUAGGGUAAAACUUUUUUUGCCGAGUGGUGAGGAUUUACGUCAUUCACCACAAUUGGAUAGGAUUAACCAUGGCCCUUUCCCUAGACGAAGCACCCCUAUGCAGAAUUUUGUGCCUACAAAUGGAAUGAACUUAAAAAGGAUCCAUUCAUCAUGUAUGGAUCCCUUCGGCAAUACCAUGGAGGUGGAGAAGCUAUGCGAUAGGAACAUCGUCAGUCAUAAGGGGAAGGAGAAGAAAUUCCUGUCCUGUGACAUUCUUGGGAUGCCUCACCCGAAUGGGUCAGCUAGCUCGUGCGAGGAGAAUGAGAACCAACUCGAAUCCGUUCUACAAAAUAUCGAACAGAAUAGAGAUUUCCUGAAAAGCAUUUCCACCUUAAAUUCGGAUAUUAAGAAGGGUAAGAAAAAAAUCGACAGACGAGCGAAGAGCUUAUUCGAGCAAGUGGACCAGUGCCUCGGGGGGGAUACGCGCAGCGGCAAGGGCAGAGCAGGGUUGGAGAAGCGGCAUGAUCUGGGACAGUACCCUGAGCUGGACGGAAGGGACCACCCAAACGGAACGAUCGAAGGGGUGCGAAAAAAUGGAGAACCUCAAACAGGUCGACAAGUUGGGAAGCACAAAAAAAAGAAGGACUAUACAUGUGAAGAGAUGGAGGUAAAAAGAGGAUCCAACAAAUUAGCCUUACAAGAAUGUGCCAAAUCGAAGCUAAGACGUGGGAAGAAUAAUCUGAGCUGCUCUGGAAAAGGGAACAAGUCUGCAAACAGCAUGGAUGGGCAUAGAAAAACGGAAAUCUCAAAUAACAGUCUAACUUCGCCCAUGUCAGAAGGAAAAGGGACGAAUAAAUUUGAUGACCCGAUAAGUGAUCCUGUGGACACCCUGACACACCAGUCUUCCCUCCAUACAAAAAAAGUUGAUAUUAAAUCCAAGUGUGGAAAAUUCCCCGUGGAUGGACUGAGUAGUAAGCAUAUCUUCGAUAGGGCAACUAAUAAAUUACCUGACAAAGGAAAAGAAAAAAAAACACGAAAUUGUGUGGAACACCCUGUCCAAUUGAAUGGUCGCAAAAUAGAUAAAAAGAGCGUAGAACGUAUUUUUUCUCCUACCAAAAGGGGGGAUUCCAAUUUGGCUUUAGAUGCAAACGAAUUAGACCCUCUCAAUAAGGAUAGCCCUUGGUUAGGUCAAAAUGGAGGUAAUAUAGAAAAGGAAAUCGGCAUGGAAGAAAAUACGCCGGGAAUAGAGGAAGUUUUGCUUUACGAAGAGGGCAUCAAUUACAAUGGUGAUCACAUUCUUAUGUGCGUUGGAGAAUCGCAAAGUGGGGGGCUAUCCAGCAUAGCUGAAAUUGGCGCACUUACGCAUGUUUCUAAUAGUAAGGGUGAUGAUAGGGGAAAAAACACAAUUAAGAAGGCGCAAGAGGAGGAAGAAAGUCAUGUGCGUCCGUCGAACGAAAGCGUAUUCUCAUUUUCAUCAGAGAAUAAAAACGAGACGAGCAAAGACAACCACUACUGCAGCAGUCAAACUACCGACGAUGAGAUAAUUAGUGGUUGCACAUUAGACGGAGAAACAAUCAGGGCAGUAUCGCCAAAUGGAAAAAAAAAAUACGCAAUAAGGGGAUCAAGUGGAAUGGCGAAGGUGAGAAAAAAACGACAAAACAAUAGUUCGGAUUGUGUAGAUAAUGAAAACGUGACGGUGACCAGUUCAGGUUCCCAAUCGACAGAAGCACGCAGCAAUGUCAGCGAUUCCUGCGAAGAAGAACUGGAGCAAAGCAUUACAAACUAUCAUAGUCAUUUUAAAAAGCUGCUAAAAUCGCACAUGAGUUUAUUACAGAAAAAAUUUGUAGACGAUAAGAACGAUUUGGAGCUUCUGAAAAAGAUAAAAUUUGCAAAAGGAGUCCUGCGAGAGUACAACAAAGUUUUGGGUCGUAAUUGGAAUGACAAGCAUGAGCAGAGCGUACUUCUGCGCCAAGUUAUUUCGAACGGAUGGGGAGUCGGAGAUGCAAUGUGUGAACAACACUGCGGGAGCAGUUGCCGUGAUAGAUACUCAAAACGUGUGGACAUGUGCAAAAAUUGCAAAGAUGGAUUUUUAAGAGGAAGGAAUAAAACAACUGAUGGUGAAUUGGUACACAAAGGAGUGCACCCAGGAAGAGAUGCGGAAAGUGCGGACGCAGUAAUCUGCCUGACGGGGGGUCAAAUGGAUCUUUCUCCUCCUUACGGAGAUGUGAGUGAGGUGGAACACACCGAAGGGUAUAGUGUCGAGAGGAGUACUGCUCCCUACCGUACUGGUAAAAGUGUAGACACCGAUAAGAGGCCCCCUCCUAGCGGCAACCCCAAGGAGAGCAAUUAUGGCAAUAGUGACUAUAUUGACAAUUUUGACGGGGCAGAAAUGGAAGACAGUUAUACCCCAGAGGGGGAAUAUGUCCAAUGGGGGGAGCCCCAAUUGCCCGUCAGUACAAACAGGGAAGAAAACGUAUCCGGUGAAAAUGAUAAGAAUGUUAAUGCGUCUACACACUACUAUGAAGAAAAUGUCCCCACGGAUGAUCCUCCUCACAAGGGAAACGUCAUGACAUGUGACCCAAAUGACAUUUACAAUGAAUAUGAGGAAGAACCAUCGGGGAAAGAAGAAAAGAGCGCCUUACAUGUCGACCAUUUGGACGAAUUACAAAGUGGAGGACGUGCCACCUCACAGGGAAAUUACCCCUCAGAAUCUUACGACUGGGAAAACCCUCCUCCCACGAAUGGGGAUAACGAUAAAAAACGCUAUAGUGGGAGCAGAGAAACGGACAGAAUUGGACAUGUGAUGGGAAGGGACAUGCACAAAAGUGACAUGGUGGGAAACUUACAUAGGGGCGAACUAUUUUCGCAGAAAAGCUUCAGUUCCAAGUGGGACGAAGUUGAAAAUGUCGUAGUAGAGGAUAAUUCACCUGACUGUACAGGCGAAAAAACAACUCUACGUAGACACGCAGUUAUCCACAAAAUAAGGAGAAAAAAAAAAGCGCUGAAAAGGGGUAUACAGGAUGAGGUAAACAAAUUAAGCAAACUUUCCUCAAAAAAGAAAAAAUUAAUGUCCUUCAUUUUGAGGGCCAUAGAAAGAGGUGAAAAGGAUGAAGAACUCAUCGCAAUUGUAAGAAGUGCUAUUUUUAAGGUGGAAUAUUUUGAGCAAAAAAAAAUAAGCAAACUGAAGAGGAUGGAAAAGGAAUUUCAAAAGUUAACUCAUGUAGAGGAAAAAAUUGCCAGUAAUUUUUUCAUGAGGAAAAGUCAAUCUAGCGGGGAAAUGCACAACAGAACUGCAAGGCGCAAAAGUGGACACGUGGGGAAAAACGACAACAGGGUUUACCAGAAGUGCGGCAGCCAUUUGGACGAAAAGAAAAAUAAAGACGCACACAGGGAUGAGGACAAACGAAACGAUAAAAAUGUGGAAAACCAUUUUCAGAAGAAAUCGCAAAAGGAUCACCAAACCGGUGGUGUGCAUCCACUCCGCGGUGGGGAAAAAAAAGAAAAAAAAAAUAACUGUGCACAUGUGGACGCGUUUCAAAAGGGUCGUGUUUGCAACAAUUUUUACAAUUUAAAUGGCCACAAUAGGGAAAGCAAAAAAUCGAUCGCAUUUUCCGACUUGUGCGUAAAUUUGAAAAAGGAAAAGGACACCCCUAGAGGGCACCACAACGGGGGAAGCAGCGGCACUGGUGGAAAUAAAUGCAGAACGCGAUUCACGCCAGCUGAGGACGCGAAGAAGUGCGACGCAUUUUUCCAAAAUUGUGGGGAUACCGCUGACUGUUGGUCUGAACUAAGCGGCAAUAAGUUGGAUGGGGGUCAACAGCACAUAGGGCAUUUCCCCCAAUGGGACAGGGACUCUUCCAAAGAAACAGAUAAAAAUAAAGACAGAAAUAUAACAGUAGCGUACAGAGAUAGGAGCAAAGUACGGGGGUCCACCCGGAGUAGUAGUCAUACGUUUAAGAAAAAGGUAAAGGGAAAAAGAAGAACCAAGCUGGGACACUCCUAUGACAGAUCGUUGGAGGGACAAAAUAGAGUCCACCUAAAAAGGAAUCCCGAGAAGGAGUGCACAACAGAAAGAGCAGAAAAUUUAAGAUUGGGUUCCUCUUGUUUCUCCAACGGGGGUAGAAGCAGAAGAGAGGGAAUAUCGCCAUCCAUUGGGAGUGACGACAAAUCGACACGUCGAUUCCAAGUCGGGGUGAAAGUCCCACUGACUGGGGGGAGCAUGCCAACCCAGGAAAGACACAGAAGUAACCGGAUUGAAAAAAAAUCCUUACGUGGAAAUCCAAACAACUUUCACGUAAGUGUAAGAAUGGACCCCACACGAGGUAACCAUUUGCAGAGAAAAGGUUCAUUCCGUAGAGGACACGCAAACAGGGGAUUUUUUCCCUCAGAAAAUCCGCCAUCCAGUCACACCCCAUUUUUUUACGCACAACGUGAAGGUAGAUACCAAGAAUUGAUUCCCCAUUCGCCUAGCCUGCACCGCCAACAUGUAGUCUCACCAAAUUGGGAUGAAACAAAGAGAACUGGUGGGAGUUCCCUACCCAGGUGCCAAGCCAAAGGCAAAGCCAAAACCAAGAGGUGUGAAGAAGAAGAAGAAGAAGUUGACGAAGAAUUAGACGACGAAGAACAGACCAAACGGAACAGGAACCAACGCAACUUCAUAAACGUGAAGCAUAAGUCGACGCCCGAAACGGAGGAAAGCAAAAAUAUGGAAAAAAUUUCAAUCAAAACGGUUAUAAAUCGCCAUAGAGAAAAAACGAUCCCGUGCAUUAACUACGACACUGAUAGGUAUCGCUUCAAAUUGGGGUGGUGGAAUUGGGGGAAACAGUCGAAGCUACUCGAAAAUAUAGAAAAAUGUAAGGAAAACAUUAAAGAGAAAUACUAUCAAAAUAGGAAAGAGUGCAAACAUAGGUCCUCUACCAAUUGGACAAGCAAAUAUUUUACAAAGUUCCAACCAAAUGAAUAUUUAUACAUCCCUGUGACGAACAAGAAUUAUUUUCGGAGCAAAAACUCCCUUAAAAUUAGGAGCAACCCAGUGAGCGAUUUCCACAAAGUCAAUUUGAAACCCAUAACUGGGUUUCUGCAAUCUUAUGAAAAGGAAAAGCAACGACAAAGAAAAGUCCCCCAAGCGGUCAUUAGAGUAUCUACUGUUCCAUACGUUGUAGACGAUUAUAAUGUGAAGAGAGCGGUACCCAAAGUGGGGGGGAAAACGGGGGUCAGCUUGGGAGAGGCAAACAUUCUCCUUUCGGACGAUGAGGAAUCCAAUUUGAAUGACACAUCAGGGUUUUUCGCCAAGGUUUCCAAGAAGAGUGCCCCCAGAGGGUACUUUCCCAACGGACGUGGAAGCUACUCCAGCGAAACCAACUCGAAUGAUGAGGAAAACUCCAAGGGAAUUAUAUUCAAGUGCAGGACGAAACAGGCUCAUAAAGGGGAAAACAGAAACAGCAACAAUGGAAGAGCGCAUGAAAAAAGGAGUUCUAAAACCAGGUUAUACAACAUUGGGGACGACAUAAAUGGGGGAAGGACACACGCUUGUAGGAAGGGUAAAGCGCAUAGCGGUGACGAAGGAUCGAAUGGAAAAGACGGGUUGGGACAAAGGUGGGACCCCAAAAAAAAGACUACCGUGAAGGUAAGGCAAUAUAGAAUUCGCUCCAUCGAGUCGCUUUCUUCUGUGCACAGUGGCCCAGGGAGAAACCCCCAGGGGUGCAGCGCCUCUAUGGUUCCUCUAUCCUUUGGGAGCCCCGCAAGCGGAAGCGCAGAAAGUAGUGAAGUCGUAGGUCCCACUAAUGCCAAAUAUAGGGUCAAUUUAAAAUCUAAGAAGAGGGCGGAUUACCCGCAGGGGGAGGAUCCCAGAAACACACCCUCAUCCAAAUGUAGCAAUAAAUCAGAAGUGCAAAACAGUAGCAGGCGCAGUGGUAGCAGCUGCUAUAGUACAUCCUCACUGGGAACCCAAAAUGAGGAAUUUCAAAAGGAUGCCAAAAGGGAUCCACACAUGUGUACUCCACAGAGAAAAAAGUUGACAAAUGAUGAGGAGAAAAAUUUAUCUGGACGAAGUUACAAAAACAUUAGCAUGAGUAGCAAAAGGGAGUAUCCCGGAUACGCUAAUAACAAUGACACGCAUUAUAACAAGUACAGGGAAGGUUACACAAGCAUGGAAAGUGAAUUAGGAAGAAAUCGUCACAGAAUAGAAUGGGAUGGAAGCGAGAGGAGAGAUUCGUCCUCUGGUUCAAUUGGGAAAGUUUCAGAGGAAGGCCCAUGCAGAAGGCAGUACCGUCCAAAUGAGAUAAACGAAGUAGACUACAUACAGCCUGAUAGGUACGACAGGGAAAGGAGAAAAAACAAAAAUAAACAGACCUGUAAAAAUUCCAAUCAUAAUUAUUACCCUCCCACGAAUGAUGGUUACUACGAAGGGCAGCAUAGAGAUAGUAUCAACCCUCAGACACGUGGAAGGAAGGGGCACGAUGCCGAUUCUUUGGAAAAGCAGUACGAUGAAUAUUUUUACGAUAAUUAG